ACUGCCGAUUGCCGACCGAUCGACUUGUACUGGUAGUCUUUCCGCACUGAACUAUUCCUCAUCUCAGACAUGGCACAAAAUAGAAGACAAUUCUCCAGAUUUUCCUCCGGUGGUGCUCGUAUGUCUGGUGGCUCUGAAAGAGUGCAAAGUUCCGUGGCGUCGUUAUCAUAUGGUGUUGGUGGUUUAACUUCUCCCGGUGUUUUUGGAAGGGGUGCACUUGGUGCUGGUUUUGGUUUCGGAGGUGGUGUUGAUGAGGGUGUUGCCAGUGCUUUGGGAGCUGGUGGAGAUUUUGGUAGUGGAGGUUAUGGUGGUGGAGUUUUUAGUACUGGUGGUGGUUUAAGUGCUGGCGGUCAUUUGGGAUAUGGUGGACUUUACGGUUCUGAUGGUGCAGCUUCUGGUAGUGGUCUUGGUUUUGCGUUAAGCGGUAGCGGCAGUGCUGCCCCGUUUAUGGUAAAUGAAAAGCAGCAGAUGCAGAGCCUGAACGACAGACUGGCUGCCUAUCUCGAUAAGGUGCGCACCCUUGAAGCAACCAACAAGGACCUGGAGAACAAGCUCAAGAAUUUCCGCACGAGCAAAGUGAUCAGCAGGGAUUUCACUUCGUACCAGAAGCAGCUGCAGCCUCUCCGUGACCAGAUAAUUGCUGCCAUCAUUCAGAAUUCUCGCCUGGCCCUGAAGAUUGAUAAUGCUCAACUGGCUGCUGAUGACUUCAGAAAAAAAUAUGAGAUCGAGUACAUCUUUCGCCAGACAGUGGAGGCUGACAUCCUCAAUCUGAAGAAGCUGAAGCAAGAAUACGAUUCCCACCAGGCCAGCAACAAUCAGCAAGUUGAAGCCCUGAAAAAAGAGAUUGAAGAAAUGACGAAACAACAUGGAGAGAGUGUGAGUAUCCUGAAAGAAGAGAUGUCCGGCACCGUGAGUGUGGACGUCACCACCACUGAAAGCCCAGAUCUGAAACAGAUUUUAGAUGACUUACGUGCAGAGUAUGAAGACAUCGUUCGUAGUAACAAGGAGGAGCUUGAGAUGUGGUUCAACAAGCAGGUGGAGACCAAACAAGCUGCAGCCAUCCAGGAAACAGAUGUCAGUGAAAAAUCAAAGAUAGAAGUGACGGAGCUUCGCCAUCAGAACCAGAACCUACAGACAGAAAUGGAUGCUUUGCUGGUCUCUAAAGGUGCCUUAGAGGAUAACCUGGCAGCAGUGAAUGGCCACUAUCAGAUGGAGCUUCACCGUAUCGCUGCCUUGGUAGCCACCAUGGAGGGGGAGUUGAUGAGCAUCAGGAACAGCAUAACCUCCCAGUCUGAGGACUACAGGAACCUUCUGAAUGUCAAAGAGAAACUGGAGAAGGAGAUCACCACGUACAAGCAGCUGCUGGAAGGAGUGGAGCUGGGCGCUGGUGGAGCUUCAUCUGCCAUUUCCGGGGACUCAAAGACUGAUCGUUCACUGAAUAUGGUUAUAGAAAGUGUUUCACAAACCACAGUGGUAACCAAAGAGGUGAAAACAGAAGUCAAGAAAUAACAAAAUGGAGACCUCAACCCCCCAUCAGGAGGGAAGAAAACCAAAAAGAAAAUCAAAUGGAACUGAACAACUAAUUUAUAAAUCCAGACAUCAUUAUUAUGAACAUGG